AUGGCUGUCCAACUGGAGAACCGCCGCAGCUCCUGGGCGGCUCUGGCCAGCAGAGGGCGCGGCAAUAACCAGUACUGGGAGGAGAGCGGGCAGAAAGGUGGAGGUGAGGGCAGGGGAACAGGUGGAGGAGCCAACCGGACAGGAGUGGCCUCUGUCGGUGUUCUCUCUGCUGCAGCUGUUGCCUUCUGCCUGAAGAAGGAUUCAGAUAACAAAGGCGAUACACUUCUGGAGGCAGCAAGGACCAAUAAUUCUGAAGAUGUGGCAAGGCUGUUGAAAGAAGGGGUUGACCCAAAUCACCGGCACCGUCUUGGUUGGACUCCUCUCAUGGUGGCUGCAAUAAACCGACAGCACAGUGUGGUGAAGGUUCUGCUCGAAGCUGGUGCCGACCCGAACACUGGAGAUCACUUCAACAACGUUUACGACACCUCACGGGAGAAAGGCAUCCACUCACUGGAAGUCCUUGUGUCCAGAGAGGAUGAAUUCAGCAGCAGGCUCAGCAGCAGGGCUGGCUUCCGUGGUUGCACAGCGCUUCACUACGCCACGCUGGCUGAUGACACACUCGCUGUCCGCAUGCUGCUGGAGGCUGGUACGUCGAACCCCAACACACACUGAACCUAACCCCACCUUAAA